UACAAUUCAGUUGGUGAUGUACAACAGGCGGCAACGGAAGGUGUUUGAGGUGCGCGCGCUCAAGUCGAAACAGUAGCGAGGAUAUUAAUGUAAAAUAAAUGUAACAAAACAAAAAUUAUAAAUUUAAAUAAAUUUCAAGCUUGCAUGUAAAUGUGUUUGAAAGAAGCGACAAGACAUUUCUUUAACUUGCUGCACGCUUCGGUGAAGAUAUUUCGGCUAGAAAACCUAAUUUGAGUUACUGAACGAAACAUUUUUUUUAUUUUUUGUUUUUUACAUAUUUACAACAACACAGCGUAUUGCGACAUUGCAAAAGCGUUCGUACCAUGAAAUAUGACGUUGAAUAUAUGAAAGUGGUGGAUAGCGAAGAAUUGGUAAAAAAAAAAAAUAUUGAAUAGCGUUCAUUAGUUUUCUUUUUGCUACAAGCCACUUCGCAACGAAAGUGAAACUAAUAUUUGCUCGUUUAAGUGCUGCAAUUUUAUGCGUGAUUUUAUUGAGAAAAAAAUCGAAACCGUGUGCGAUGCUGUAAUAAUCUCAAGUGUUUAUUUACUUUUUCAAUUGGAGUGUAUGCAUUAAAAACAACAACAACAACAAUUACUGCUAAAAAUAUAAAGCGAUAAAUAGUUGCAACUAAAUACAGCAACAAAGUUAAUAAGUGAACAAGCAGACAAAUUGCAAAAUGCCGAAGUAAAAAAGUAUAUAAAUUCAUAAAUUUAUGGUAAAAAUAAAAACAAAAGCGUAAAAAGCCACAUUUAAAUGCUUAAAAUAACAACAGCGCGUUAAAUUUAGCAGCAAAUCACUUUCAUUUUCUUUGGUAGUUGGUAGCAAAACGCUGUGGGCACAACGCAUCAGCGCAUAUGAAGGCCAUUGAAGUGGUAGUUGCCAAGAGUCGGACAUUCACGACCAACUAACAAUCCAACCAAUUAAGCGCUCGACCGACCAACAAUAUAAAGUUGCUAAUCUGAAAUUGCAAUCUCAAGUGCUGCACAUUAGGCGGCCGGUUUGAAAGCGUGUGUGUGUGCAGUUGGGAAGUACCCAGCAACAAUCGCCAGCCAACACAGCGUCCAGGAUUUUCAACACAAAAGUGCAAAACUCUCAAAACACUUCCGGCAGUAAAACGGAAUUUUAUUUGUCGCCUCGUUAACUGCACUAUUAGGCAAUAGCGAAGACAAAAAAAAAAAAAAACCGAAACCGAAAAAAGAUUGUACAUCAUUUUCGGGCAGCAGUCAACACCGAAUUGUACAAAACGGCGUCUAAACGCUUACACAAUUCGACAAAAUGCGUUUUGCCGCAACAUCUCUACUAUUUUGUGGUGCGCUCUCUGUAAUUUUCCUGUCGCAAGGGCUGGUACAAGCAACCAGCUCGGAUUCAGAUGACGACUACGAGCCGAGACACUUGACCAACGACCAAUCGUCUUUUUUUCAGUCGCAAUCGGACUCACCAUUCUCACGAGCCCCCGCAAAGGGUGAGAAUGUUCGACGAGUUGGACGAGUGGAGACUAACAAAUGGAAUCAGACAAAUCGCCUGAAGAUUAGCAAUGAGUCAACAUAUUCCGACUCUGAUUCCGAUUCAGAAUCUGAAAGUCGAGAUACAAAUUCUGAAUAUGAGGAUGAUGAUGAUGGCGACGAGUACUAUGAUGACAGCGGUGAGGAGAGCAGCACAGAUAGCAGUAGUGAUGAGUCAGUGCCACGUUUGUUGUCACAAUCGGCUUUCAAUCGCAUUUCGGAAACUUUGGGUGCUCUCAACACAAUGGGCCAUCUGUUGGUGGACAUAACGCGCGGUGGUCAUGACUCGAAACCGGAUUCAUAUGAGGCACCAGCGGCGAAUGAAGUUAGUGCUAGUGGUGUUGAAUCGACCACUGCUGGCAUUCUAAGUACUACAAGCGCUACGACUAUUGCAACAACGACCGCAACGCCAUCUAGAAAGUUCAAUGAUAUAAGCCCAACAGCGAAAAUUCUCGCGCCACUGCUUAAUCAAAGUAAUCUAAUCACAGAGCAAAAAUUGACCGGUUUGUUGAUGGCCGACAAGCGUGUGGGUGAAAACGGAACGCCUGCUAAGCCGAUGUUUGUCGAAACCAAGGAGACAAAGAAGAAGAAAAAGAAGAAGAAGAACCGCAAUAAGGUGAAGAAACCCGCGGCAACCAACCCAGCCAAUGGCAGUGCAACCGGACAAUCCCAACAGUUAAACAAACCACCAACCACCUUAAGACCCACCACCACGACGCUGCCAACAACCAGCCACAUCGCAAAUGAUCGCAUUGAUCAGAUUACAACCACUACUGAGGAUAUUUCUGGGAAAGAUGUGGAGAACUAUUGCAAAACACCUAGCGGACGUCUGGGUCGUUGCGAAGAUUUGAGCAGCUGUCCAGCUUUGCUGCUGAAUUUGAGUAGUCUGCGCGAGUCGCUCUGCUUUAAGAGCUUAUUCGUGCCAGGUGUCUGUUGUCCAUUAGCAGAGUCUUCAACAGUGCUUACAACACAGCGACCGCUCAGGCUGACCACGAAAGCGCCGACUGUGGCGCUCACAACGAAGCGACCAACUACACAACGCCCAGCCUCCUCACCGAGCUUGGUGUUGAUACCACAGCUUAAACCCUCGACAACAACAACAACCACGACCACACCGAACCCGUUGGGCAAUGAAUUGGAACUCAUAGGCAACAAUAACAUAGUUGAUCCGGAAGAGUGCGGACAGCAGGAAUAUUCGGCAGGACGUAUUGUGGGCGGAGUUGAAGCACCGAAUGGCCAAUGGCCAUGGAUGGCGGCGAUCUUCUUGCAUGGUCCCAAACGUACCGAGUUCUGGUGUGGCGGCUCGCUUAUUGGCACGAAGUAUAUUCUAACUGCAGCGCAUUGCACGAGGGACUCACGACAAAAACCCUUUGCGGCGCGUCAAUUCACUGUGCGUCUGGGCGAUAUUGAUUUAUCCACCGAUGCUGAGCCCUCCGCACCGGUCACCUUUACCGUGAAAGAAGUGCGCGCACAUGAGCGUUUCUCACGUAUUGGCUUCUAUAACGACAUCGCCAUUUUGGUGCUGGACAAGCCGGUGCGUAAGUCCAAAUAUGUCAUCCCAGUUUGUUUGCCGCGUGCGGGACGUGCGCCGCCUAAGGAACGUCUGCCUGGGCGUCGUGCGACUGUAGUUGGUUGGGGCACCACCUACUAUGGUGGCAAAGAGUCGACAACACAGCGCCAAGCUGAAUUGCCGAUUUGGCGGAAUGAGGACUGCGAUCGUUCCUACUUCCAACCCAUCAAUGAGAACUUUGUGUGCGCCGGCUACUCGGAUGGUGGCGUGGAUGCGUGCCAGGGCGACUCUGGCGGACCACUUAUGAUGCGCUUUGACUCGCGCUGGGUGCAACUCGGCGUGGUGUCGUUCGGCAACAAAUGCGGAGAGCCUGGCUAUCCUGGCGUCUAUACAAGAGUUUCGCAAUAUUUGGAUUGGAUUCGUGAUCACACGCGUGACUAGUGUGUCACUAAGUGGAUUGAUAUAUUUUAACUGUAGAUGUUGAUUUAGUUCUAAACGUUUUUUGUUUUUAAUCUAAUUUAAACAUUGUUACGAAUCACUAGUCUACAUAAUUUUUUUAUGUGCGUCGCCUAUUUACAUAGUUUCGAUAUUUAUUACCCUGACAAAAAAAAACCAUAUUAGUUUGUAUGUAAUGCAUAAAUUAUAAUAUUUACCAGGUAAUACACGUAUUUGAUAAUGUAAAAUUGCGAUGCUCACUUUUUUAUUUAGAUCUUAAUUAACUUAAGCCUAAAAUUGUUCUUCUGCCCGAACAUUGGAAGGGAGCUCAGUAGUAGAGACUAUAAAGCCUUAUUGUGGAAGGAAAUAUUACGUAGGUAAGAAGGUGAAUGGGUUGGUGCGUAACUACCAUUCGGCAGUGCGUAGGAUCGAGUCUCCGAGCUUGAAACAGUAAAUUGAUAGAGAAAGGUUUUUCCAGUAGCGGCUCUCCUCGGCAGGUAAUUUCAAACCUCCGAGUGUAUUUCAGCUAUGAAAAAGCUCCUCAUAAAAAAUAUCUGCCAUUAGGAGUCGGCUUAAAACUAUAGGUCCUUCCAUUUGUGGAACAACAUCAAGACGCAGCUAGAGCUACAGCUGUAAUGGAGAAGAUAGAUGGGAUUUAGGUUUGAGCACUGCCCUGAGCUGUCGAAGAAAGAGCAUCCAGCGACCUUGACGGUCUAACAGCCAAAGCCGCUGAUUUACAGAGAAAGUGCUCAACAAUCUUCUUCUCUGAAAGCUACCCGCAGCUUCUGCAAUGUGGAUUAAAAGAUAAUCAUUGCUUUCCUAAGUGUGUGCCGAACGUUCAAUAACCGAUAAACACAACAACGAGUUUGGAAAUUGA